AUGUCAAAUGAUACGGGUAUGAAAAUAAGUAAAAAUCUAUCAAAACCACCAAAAAACUUCAUUCAUACAACAAAAAUAUCAGACAGUGUUCGCUUAAAAACUUCUGACCCCUUGAAAGAUGAUAAUACUAAAAAACAAACGGCGUCAUCAAAAAUACUUGUUAAUCCCUCGACAGAGCAGCAAGAGAUUGUUGUUACUUUAGAAGCUAAUUCACUUUUAUCAGCAAAAACAAUCGCAAAAGAAGAUGAUAAAACUAGCGCUAGUUCGACUGUACAUGUGUUACAAAAAAUUGAAACAACUCAGACUGGUCAAACUAUUAAUAGUGAACAAAAGUCACUGUCAAAAAUUCAUGUUGUCAAACAACAACCAUACACAAGUAAAUUCACUAAAGACGUGUUGAACGAAGGAAGUUUAAUGUACGCAACUCCUGAGAAACAAGUGGAUCGUAUGCAAGAAAGCUUAAAACAAAAUGUAGAUGCAACCGUUAAAGGGAUGCAUAAUCAACGAAAAUCGGUGAAGGCCAUAUCACCGAUGGAUACAAAACGUGUGACAUUCGAAGAGGAUGCUCGUAUACAAAUAUUAUUGCCUGCCUCACACAAAAUGGAGGCGCUCAAAUCAACAUUAACAUCAGUUACUGCUGAGAAUGGAGAAAAACUGGACGACAAACGACGCAUGAGUAGACUCUCGAGAGUCAGUUCUCGACUAGACGAGGAAGAUUGGUAUCCAAAUCAAGAUGAUCUUCCCGAUAAUUCAAUGCGAUAUGAUACAUUUACAUUGAAUGAUUCCGAAUCAAUAGGAUCAGUUAAGCAAGAAUUAGAAACAUUACAUCAACUGCCUGACGAUGUUAUGUUAUCCGAUUAUAUUCCUGAUGGUUUUGGAAAUUUAGCAUUAGAAGUUGAAGAAGAAUUUAUGACAGAUUUCUUAGAAGAAUUUGAGUAUGAUGUUGCACAACGAAAACGUCCAAAAGUACCGAUCUCACAUCGAACACGAGAAAGUUCAAUAACUCGUUCGCCAUUAGAAUUAUGGCAAAAAGCUCGUUUAGCCAUUGCUAUUCAUUUAUUUAAAAUUCAACAUAAAACUAGAAAGCAAAUGAUCAAUGAUAUUUUUUCAACGACUAAAGCUGAUGAACGUGCAACAAAUCGUAUAACAUUUGAUGAAAUUAAUAAUUUUGAAAAAUUAAUUGAACAAAAAGCACGUUUAGACGAAAGAUGUUUACAAUAUGGUUUAGUUGUUAAACAGAAAUUUUGUCUCGAUUUUUUGCAACAAUUUUUAUGUUUGGAUGUUUAUGAUGUAGGUUCUGGCUACAUAUUUUUGUGCGAUGUCAUGUGCCAACAAAUGGAUAGAGUGCCAGAUAAGAGUUCGUCAUACAGCACGUCAAGAAAUGAAAGUGAAAAACGAUUAGAGAAGAAAUCAAUGAGAUAUCAUAGCACCGGCCAAAAGUCGGAUCAUAUCGUUGAAGAGCAACAACAACGACCAAAAUUACUAUUUACACCAUCGCCCCAGCAAACAAAUACACAACAAUCAUCGAUAUCAAUUACAGGUUUGAGACGAGAAACUAUGAACUGUAUAACUGGAUAA